AUGGACGACCUCACCGGGUUGCAACUUAUAGCCCAUGGAACUUCGUGGACUGACCGAGCAAUAGACAUCAUAAAUAUACACGGAGUGCAGGGCUACGAUACCUGGGAGCAUCGUGCACUCGGAGUCGGGGAUAGCAUUAAGACUAUUUUCUGGGUACGGGACCUCUUACCCCAGGAUUUCCCUUCAGCCAGGAUCUUCACCUACCAUUACCCCUCUAAUGCCUUUCGCAACGGUCAGGGCAUCACUCGAGCGGCGGAAAGACUUCUCAACAAGCUAAAAAAUCUACAGGCAGAUAACAUCGAGAGGUCUCGACCAAUAGUCUUCAUUUGCCACAGUGUUGGUGGUCUAAUUCUCCAAUGCGCCCUUGGUAAUGCAUUUGAUAAGGAAGGCGAUACGGCAUUUAACGACAUUAUCACAGUAACAAAAGGAAUCAUCUUUUUAGGGACGCCGCAUCUAUCUUCAGAACUAGAUAUAAGCGUCUCAAGAAUCGUUGCUGCCAGUCAGACAACUACGUCCAUUAUGGUUGACACUCAAUUUAUGGCACAUGUAAUUGUCAGGUUCGCAAGCUUAUCUCAGCAUAACCCCCCUUGGAAAGUAGUUCACUGCUACGAAGAGUUGCCACUACCAGGUACUUCCUUUCGGGCGGUCAACCCAAGCCAGGAAGAAUCGUGGGCUUUGCCCCAAUUAUCGCUGUACAGUCAUCAUCUUGACCUGUGCCGUUUUAGAAGCCAGGACGAUGUAUCCUACAUCAAAGUUUUGCAAUCAUUGAGAAACAUCACCUCGGGGCUCGACAGCUCUGUCGCUGAUGAAAUCGAAGUACCGACAACUCUGUCAUCCGUCGAUCAUGAGGUUCUUGAAAGUCUGGAAACUAAAGAUACAUCCGCCAACAUCCGAGACGCCUAUCCAGGAACAUGCGAGUGGAUACUGAACCAUAACACUUAUAAGUCUUGGUUUGACAAGCCCCUCCAGCCUCUAUUGAUCUCUGGUAACCCAGGAGCUGGCAAAAGCACCCUGAUGAAACAUAUCAUGCAGGCCCAUAGUCUGGAGCGCAUACCAAGCCAGUCAGUGGUAUCUUUUUUCUUCCAUGGCGGCGCAAACCACUCUGUGGCAAGCCUUUUGAGUUCGCUCUAA